CGAGAGGCCAUAUCAGUGCAUCCAGUGUCCGGCGCGAUUCCAAAGCACCGAUGUACUGAAGACUUCAUCUGUACACUCACUUGAAGUACUACCCGUACCACUGUUCCAUAUGCGACGAGUGUUUCGUCAGCCAAGAAGAAGUCGAAGAGCACCAGCGCAAGACGCACAAUGUCGCGGGACAGUACUCGACGAAGCAAGUCAGGUUCGAGACCAAGGAGAUGAAGAUUGACGGUUUCAUCGACGUGGCUAUAAAGAUACUGCAGCAACUUUUAGACAGUUCACCUUCGCAGCAGUGUCUGUGGAAGGGAUGCGCGUACGAAUCUUCAGCGCAGAGUGAACGCAGUGCUCACAUGAAGGUGCAUGUUGGACAGCGUAACACAUGCACCAGAUGCCAGUUCACCUCAUACAGUGCCGACGUCAUUGCAUGGCAUGGCAAGGAGCAGCAUAGUCCCGUCUCCAGCAGCACCGAGGCUCCUUCGUGCAGUGACGUACAGCCGGUGCCAAAAAACAACUCGCGCUUGUUUGCCUGUGGUUUGUGUAAUUACAGGGGACCCAACUCGAUGAGCAUUCGCGAGCAUUCCAAGAUUGCGCAUCCCGGAAAGGCUGCCAAGUUGGUCGUUCCCAAACGGAAAGACCUCUACAGCCCAGCUGUAAAAAGCGUGGAGCAGCCUGGAAGAUCGAAGGAAGAGGAUGGGGAAGAGCGACUGUCCAUCUCUCUGGCACGUCCCCAGAAGGACACCACGCGUCUGAGUCGGUGGUCACUGAAUAAACAGAAGUGUGCAUGCAACCAGUGCAAGUUCCAGGCGUCGUCCGAGCAUCUGCUGCACAUUCACAAGUCCAACUUUCACGGAGAUGGCCAGAGCCUCGAUGCAAGCUCGGACGCCGUUGCCAACGCCAUGUCCAAUGCCUUGAGUUUGGCCACUCGCCAGUACUCCGCGCCAGCUUCUGGCGCUUCCCACAGGUCAUCUCAUUCCGCUUGCCAGCUCGACACUUCAAUGCCCGGUUUGCCACAGUCAUACCACAUCUACCAGUGCCGCAAGUGCUCUGCGCAGUUCCAGUCAGAGACGAGCUUUUUCAACCACCUGCUUGUGAAGCAUCACGCGUACGCCGUGUGCGAUACCUGUGGUUGUGGCCUGAUGAACAAUGCUCAGGCCAUUAAUCAUGCUAAGAAGCACCUACCCUCGGGAGGCACUUUCACGGUACUCAGAAGGAAACAGCUCACUAACUCGCCAAUGAGGAAAUUAAACAGGGACAUUCCUACCACUAAACAGUUGUCACAAAAUGCCAGUGACGUUUAUGUGGUGGCACCGUGGGCUCCCGACAUGCGAGUACCUCUGCAAGACUUUUCUCUUCAGCACAACCUCAAUGCGCGUGUGCGCAUAAAAGAUUUUGGGAAGUGUCUUAACAACGAAUUUUAAUAAGAGCCUUUACUACGUCUCUUACUCGCAUUACUGCAGUGUUUUUAUGUGCGUUGGGGCGCGCCAGUUUAAGGUGUAAUAAUUCAUCCCUGUAUAUUUGUUUAUAGUUAUUGGCUUAUGUACUUUGUUGCAUAUGCAUGCUGUCACCAAGCUGAUGUAAAGCCAAUUUUGUUACUGUAUACAUUUCUGUGUAAUCUCGAAUCUCGUGCAAAGCGUUAAUAAACAGUUUUAUGUGCUAUGA